AUGCCCAUAUAUGGCAGUGUCUCAAAAUUAAAUAAACAUCCUGUAGAAGGUUUCUCUGCUGGUCUGAUUGAUGAUGAUGAUUUAUAUAAAUGGGAGGUUGUAAUUUUAGGACCUGGUGACACAAUUUAUGAAGGAGGAGUGUUUAAAGCUGAAUUAACUUUCCCUAAAGAAUAUCCACACAGACCUCCAAAAAUGAAAUUUGUCACAGAAAUGUUUCACCCAAAUAUUGGCCCUGAUGGAAGUGUGUGUAUAUCAAUAUUACAUGAACCAGGAGAUGAUAAAUAUGGUUAUGAGAAAGCUUCCGAGCGUUGGCUACCAGUUCAUACAGUAGAGACGAUAUUACUCAGUGUUAUUUCUAUGUUAGCUGAUCCUAAUGAUGAAUCCCCAGCUAAUGUUGAUGCAGCAGUAUGUAUUAGCUUUUCUCUCUAUCUAGAUAAAGUUGUAAUCUAA